AGAAGAAGAAGAAGAAAAGCAGUGUGUGUAUUUAAAGUGUAAAAGGUGGUGAGUGAUUGCAGGUUGAAGUGGAGAUGGCAAACAUUCCAAGUUCAAAGCUGAACGGCGAAGAGAAGAAGAAGGAAAGAGAAGAAAGAGAAGAUGAAGAAAGCUUUUCGCGUGCCGCGCAGCUUGUGAGCUCCUUGGUGCUACCGAUGGCACUGCAAUCGGCGACGGAGCUGGGUGUGUUUGAGGUGCUGAAAGAAGCGGGUGAAAAUGCUAAGCUCUCUGCAAAGGACAUAGCAUCCAAGAUUUCCUGCACCAACCCAGAAGCAACAUCAAUGCUAGAUCGUAUCCUCACUCUUCUUUCCUCUCACUCCAUUCUUCUGUCUUCCCUCGCUUCCGACAACCUUGUCCCUCCCACCUUUCACAGGCUCUACACCAUAACUCCCGUCGCCAAAUUCUUUGCUCGCAAUUCUGACGGGGUUUCAUUGGGACCCUUGAUGGCCUUGCUCCAAGACAAAAUCUUCCUCCAUAGCUGGAGUGAGCUGAAAGAUGCAAUUCGGGAGGGGGGUAUUCCAUUCAACAGGGUCUAUGGCACCCAUGCUUUUGAGUAUCCAAAGUUGGACUCAAGGUUCAACAAAGUUUUCAACACAGCAAUGAUCAAUCACACAACUUUGGUGAUGAAGAAUGUUCUGGAAUCCUACAAAGGUUUUGAGGGCAUAAAAAGGCUUGUGGAUGUUGGUGGAGGUCUUGGGAUUAACAUUAACUUGAUCACUUCAAAAUAUCCUUAUAUCCAUGGCAUCAAUUUCGACUUGCCUCACGUCAUUCAAGAUGCUCCUUCCUAUCCUGGCGUGGAACACGUUGGAGGAGAUAUGUUUGAAAAUGUGCCUAAAGGAGACGCCAUAUUUAUGAAGUGGAUACUUCAUGAUUGGAGUGAUGAACAGUGUGUGAAGCUGUUGAAGAAUUGCUAUGAUGCAAUUCCUGAUGAGGGAAAGGUGAUAGUUGUGGAAGCAAUUCUUCCAAAAAUAGCAGAGACUAACGAUGCUUAUAAGACAGUUUCACAAAUGGAUGUUUUGAUGAUGACUCAAAACCCUGGAGGGAAAGAGCGAUCUGAACAAGAGUUCAUGGAUUUGGCUACUGCAGCUGGAUUUAGUGGCAUCAGAUAUGAAUGUCAUGUCAACCUUUUCUGGGUUAUGGAGUUCUUCAAGUAGAUCACACCACAUGUGCUGUUAUUUCUAAUGCUUUGUUUAUGUGUUUCAUGUUUGCUUUUAUGCAAUUUAAAUUCACAGAACAAACUUAUGUUGUGUAACAUAUUAUACCAUAUGCACAUUUCAAAUUAAUAAAACAAAAUAAAAAAAAAAAUUGAAAUGUGUAAAAGAUAAAUAAAUUCCAUUAAAGUUUUCUCUCUA